UUCGCUUGUUCUGCAGUCACUUUCCGCGUAACCAUGAAAGUCUUUCUGUUUCUCUUGUUGGCCACGAUUUCGUCAAUUCAAGCGGCAACGGAAUGUAAUUUUACUAUUCCGGAUUUUUUACCACGGCAGAGAUCUCCGAUUUAUCUAACUACUAAUAGACAUAAUACUUUGGAAGUUUUUGUUCCCACUGGAAACACAACAAAGUUUAGAAUUAAUGAAUCAAUCUAUUUAUAUUGUGAAUACGGUUUUCGAGGAAAUCUAGCCACCACUUUAAUGGAAAUCACUUGCGAAAACGCAACAUCUUUCGCUAACUUGCAGAUGAAAACUUGUCAAGAUAUAACAAGCAGUGAUACUUUUCCAACAAACGCAUCUUGUGCAGGAAGAAGAGGAGUUAAGUACCAAGUGGGUUACAAUAUUACAACAAUUAAUGGAAAUAUAAGACAGGACGUUUUUGAAGUUUGUUUCAACAGCAGAACUUAUUCGACAAUCUACACUUCUCAUGUUGUCAAUGGAAAAGCCAUAAUGUAUUCCGUAAGGAAUUCACAAAAUUCCUUUCGUGUUGGUAAAAAUAUCUAUAAGAAUACUAGACUGGAUGCAUUGUACCACGAUUUCAAACCGAUAAAUUUCAAUUGGGGAACGCCUGGGCUGCAACGCGCCCACUUCACACCCAAUGCGGAUUUUGUAUUUUCCACUGAACGAUACGCCACAUAUGUCUACAUCAACGCUGCUCCGAUGUUUGGAACGAUCAAUAAUGGCAAUUGGAGAAUAGUUGAAAAUAAAGUUAGAUGCAUUGGAAAUAGAACGAAGGAAAAUAUACACGUAGUUACUGGAACUUUUGGUGCCAUGAAAAACAACAAUCUACAAGAAUUAUACCUGGAUCAAGAAAACAAAGUGAUUGCCGUGCCGGAGAUGUUUUGGAAAGUUGCAUUCGUGCCAAGGAACUCCUCAGCAGUUGUCUUUAUAACGUUGAAUAAUAUUUCGAGUAAUUCUAAUUUUAGUCGUGAAUGUCCUGAUAAUUGCGAAAGAAUGGGGCUUAAUAAAACACAAAUAGAGAACUUUCGUAACAAAACACGUGGAUUAACUAUAUGUUGUCUACUGUCAGACUUCCGUCAAAAUUUCUCAAUAUCUUUACCACCUAUUCUGGAUGGUAAAUCAUAUAACAAUUUAUUGGUAGUGCCGAAAGACUGUGAUGAUGAACGAAAUUCGCAAAGAAGACCUGCAGACAGAGCACUUCCAUCAGAACAACGAAACCCUAGGCCUAGAGGCUCGCGCUAGAAGAAAACAUGUAAAUUUGUAAUAUUCUUAGGCAUAGAAAUAAACCAAUGGGAAGAUAAUAUAGUCAAAAGUGGUUUAAAGUUCAGCAAAAGUAUUUA